AUGGGGUUCCCUAGCCCUAUCGGAGCUAGUGAUGCGAUGGCAAAAAGUUUGUAUUGCGGUAUGAAACCUAUCGCGUCAUGGGAUGCUGAGCGAGACAAAACUCCUCCGACUGGAGGUGUCUUCAACCUUGAAUUUUCCCCGGAAGGGACAUUGCUAGUAGCUGCUUGUGAAAAGAAAUCAAUACAAAUUUUUGACCCUUUAACACAUGAGCUGAUACAUUCAGUAAAUGGUGCACAUUCAGAUUGUGUCAACUGUGUCAAGUUUUUAGAUGGACGUAUGUUCGCAACCUGUUCAGAUGACACGACCAUUGCUUUAUGGGACGUUCGAAACUUAAAAAAAAAGAUCCGCUUACUCCUAGGCCACUCAAAAUGGGUGAAAAAUAUUGAAUUCUCUGUAAAAGACAAGCUGCUGGUAACGUCAGGUUUAGAUGGGAGCAUUUAUACGUGGGAUAUUAAUUCUUAUACGGAGUGUAAUCUUUUGUACCAAAGAGUGUUCCACACGUCGAGCCUAAUGCGAUGCCGUCUGUCGCCUGACGCGAGGCAGAUGGUGAUGUGUACAACUGGUGGACUUAUCGUCAUUAUACAUGAUCUGAAUUUGUCUACACUGUCUCAAGAUUUAUAUGGAUUUAAGCCAAAUUUGUAUCGGUUGAUGCAAAUGAGUCAGCAACUGAUCCCCAUAGCGGCGAUGUACGACCACUUGUUCGACUCGUCGCGCAAGGAGAACCGCGUUGAGUUCGUGUCGGACUUUCCCGAUGGCAACGAUGCUGAAGUUGUCAGCGCAUUGCAGGUACACCCUCAGGGAUGGAGCGCGCUGAGCAGAAAUAUCAGCCAUGAUGACAAAUCAGAAUGGACGUGCAUCCACGAUAUUCAACCGCACAACAGCUCCCCGAACAAGGACAUAAAGGACAGUGAGCCGGUCACGCGAAAGCUGCCGCCCCGUCGCACACGCCUGCGAGUCUACCGCAUGCCCAGACUCCAUGAGCAACUUGCUCCGGCACCUUACACCACCGUUCGCGUAAGACGUUACCCUGAUACAGAGCCAAGACCCAGUACGUCGCAGGAGGUCGUCGUUGGCCCUGUGCCGACCAACCGCUCGCGUCUGCUUGGGGGUCUGUCUGGUAUUCAGAACGAUGUGUGGGAAGCCGCUAUCACGAUCAAACAACACAGAUUAAUGCAGGAAAUGUAUAACAGAGGACAAGUUCGGCGCAACUUUAACAUGCAGAGGAUAACAGGCGUGAACACAGGGAUCACUCCCCCCGCCGCUCAACAUCCCCGGGCGCAACGGAACGAUGACGAAACAAGUACUUCCCCAUCACCAUCUGGACAAACGCCAGCAGAGGAAGCUUCUAGUUCAAGUGACGCAGAAGGAGCCACACGACACUACAUACGACAGAACAAAGACAGACUUCUUUACUAUAUAGAGGAGACUAACGAAGGCAAAGGGUUUAUUAAGGAACUGUGCUACUCAGCGGACGGUCGGAUCGUAUGCUCGCCAUUCGGCCGAGGGAUAAGGCUUCUCGCCCUAAACAAUGACUGUAGCGAGCUCUCCAGUUGCGUACAAGAGCUGAAUGGUGCCAGACCUAUGGUGGAAGUCGGCCAGAGCUUAGGUAUACACCAGGAUCUCGUCGUCAGCUCCAAGUUUAGCCCAAGAUACCAUAUGCUAGUGACCGGUUGUCUUGAAGGAAAAAUAGUGUGGUACCAACCGUUCAGUGGUGAAUCUUUGUAA